CUAUAGUGAAAAAUUAUUUAACGAUAAACAUCGAAUAUUUGUAUCCUCGCUUACCGUGCGACUACACACAUGACGUAUAUACGUAAGAUCGUCAGACGAGUGCGUAAAAUUCACAUCGAUCGAGAGUCUGACAAAUCGAAAACAUUGUCAACUUGUAAAGAAACCUCUGCAAAUACCGCACGGAUGCUAUUAUCCAUAGAUAAAGACGUUAUACACAUCAAUGAUUCUUCUUUGAAAUCACGGUCAAUGAAUAAUUAAAAAAUAAAAAGAAGAGAAAAUGAAGAGAGGAACCAAUAAUAAUAGCCAUUCGUUCGUGUAAAGAAUUAAUUUCUGCUCGAAAGAAGGAAUAAAGUCAUGUGCUUCGUGAUUCAUUAAUGAUUACAUGAUAUUUAUAACACGCAUUUAUUAACACUGCGAUUAUCACCUGACUCACCUUGAACCAGCGACGAGUCUAAGUAACAGUGCAAACAUUCGCGAUCACGUGUAUCCUUCGCGUGAAUUCAAGUGCAGUUUGUUCGAAGGCAUCGCGGUAAUUAACAAUGAUCUCUGGGAUGCAAUUAUCACGAUUGAAAGAAAGCGCGAGUCUCGCGGGCGCCACAAUUAACUUUAUCAGUGGCGCCUGAAGAAGCGCCGUUAAAAGGAGCAUAAAUUGGAAUAUGAGCUCCGCUUGAGUCUGGUGUUGACGCUCUGCGUUAACUAUCCUGCAAGUUCAUUAUACUCACGACGAGUUUGCAGUGCGACAGAAAUGGCUCAAUCGUUUCGCAAUGUCGUACAAAUUUUUCUCUUUCAAUGAUGAGUAAAAUACGCAACGUUACAGUAGUUUGAAAAUUCCUUCUUUUCGUCAUUAACUUUCGAAAAUUUUUCAAGGCGAUCGAGUCUAGUGACGUAUUCGCGAGGCAUUUGUGAUUUAAGGAUCGAGCAGACUACGUACACUCACUUAAAAUACUCGCAGUCUGUAAAAAUUAUUCCAUAUUUUCUCCAUCGCGAUUAUGUAUAGAAAUAAGUAGAUCUUAAUCUCAUUGGGCAUCUUAUGCAUACAUACCUCGAUCAUUAGCAAUCGCUUAAGUUAAUGACACUUUGUUUAGUCGCAAGGGUAGAAGAAAUAAGAUGUCUGAUGUUUUGUACCAUUUAGAGAAAUAAAUUAUAUACUGUGAAUGAUUUCCUUUAAACAUUGACACCCUCGUACAAAAAGAAAAGCUUCUUUGUACGCUAUCGAUCAUAGGUUUGGCUAUACUUAUUACUAAGAAAAAUAUUCUUAAAUACUUACUAGCAUCCCAAUUUCAAUUCCUUACCUUACAUUUAUUUUACAUAUAUAAGUACAAAAAAUAAAUUAAUAAUUGGAAUAUUUCGCAAACCAAAUUGUAUCCUUAUGACUAUUUUGGACAAUUUUCUCAUUCUUGAUACUAACUAUACUCCUGUUUGCAUAUGUACCAACGUAUGUCUGUGUGCUGUAACAAGUUGCAGUCGAGAUCGAGAUAAUUCUCGCUAGUCGCAUAUCUGCAUCUCAGGAUCAAUCUAAUGAAGUCUAUCCGCAGCUGCGUCGAAUGCUAACAGGCUCGGGAGAGAGAGAAAAAUGCAAAAAAACUGGACAGCAUUUUGCGAACACUAUCAUUCAGGUCGUGUCCAGUGAUAACGAAGGCGGCGGCACUUUUAGUGUUGACUGAACGUUAGUUUACGUAAGAAGAUUUUUACACUUAGCUUACUUAUCAUUAUACGACAAGCGAACAGAAGCGGUUCAAUCGUCGCAUCGUCUGAGUCGUUUCAAUCUUUGGUCGUCAGGUAGAAGAAACAAUUGGAUAAAUUAAAAUCCGAAUAGUAGGUAUGUCGAAUUUGGAUGGAAGAAAAACCAAAAGCUUGAACAACAUCCCUGAAGUGUUCAAACGGCGCGAUCAUGAUGAGUCGAAAGUUUUAUCGAAAGUUUCUUUGGAAAACGUAGCCAGCGAACGAUUUAAGACUUUAAAUGUAAGAGGAGAGAACGCUUCUCCUUUUCCAAAGCUCGAAGUCAUAAAGCAAAGUGACAACGAUGAAUCGAGUAACACCGAGGACGAAGCGAACGAAGAGGAAAGAUUGAAAAAGCCAGAAGUGGCGAAGUUGGACGCCGAGGAUAAAAUAAAAGAUACUUUUAAGCUCGAUUUUUCAAAUGUAAGUUUGAAGAAACAGAAACAGAUUCUAUCGAUAAUUGACAGUUUUCUGUCGCUCGUUCUAAUCACUCCGAUGACCGUCGCUUUUUGGAGAGGGACAUGGACCUUGAUGGAUAUCUAUGCAGAUACGUUCCCGGAAUUGUUCACGUUCCUCUUGGGUAUUCUAAUUCACACGUAUUUUGCUAUUAUGAGGAAUUUCCUGCACUAUCGUGUGCUCGAUAUAUCAAAAAGGAAAACUUGCCUGAAUAUGACCGUUUGCAAGAUCAUCCAAAUUUUAUACACAUACGUCUUCGGUAUUUCCUGCAAUAUGCACUGGAGGGGUGCUUGGAUUAUUUUCGACCACUUCUUCUAUUACAAUAUUUGGGUAACUGUAACCGCUACUUUGGCGCCAAUGACAAUUUUGGCGAUCUUUCGAUCAAUUCGUAAUGUUAUAGCCAUCCCUUCGGUGAUCAACGUCGACAUACUCACCUUCGUCUUUCGUUUUCCAACGAGGUAUAAGCUGGUAAGUUAAUUAAAAAUAUAUUUAAAUUGUAGAACUAUUGAUACGUUUCGUGAUAGGAUACACGAAAGAUCUAGCAAUCGUUACAUGUGUAGAAAGAAAAUAGAAAAAGUUGUAAUAGAUGACCAGUUAUGUAAAUAAAAAUCUUGAUGAGGAAUCCGAAUUGCAGAGAUUUCACGAUUUUUCUUGGCACUUUGGCAAAUAUUUCAAUCGCUGUUAGAUACGGAUAUCAGUGCAAGAGUCGAUGAGAAAAAUAAAUGUUCAUCAAGAGUUCUAUUUUACAGAUUGUAUAUCUCCUCACGAGAGGAGACCUUAUCAAUUGGUAAAGUGAUCGAACAAAAUCUGCGAUGCCGUAUCACUUAAGUAUCGCAAUCGAUUGUCAAACGGUUCUAAAGCCGAAUUUUCAUUGGGAAUAUUCCGUGAAUAUGAUUCGUAGGAUAAGAUUCGUGAAUUGUAAGAAUCACAAAAACACAUAUGAAUAAAACACGUAUUUUAAUUAUUCAAAUAUAAAAGAUGUGUUUGGUUAUUAUAUUAACGAUGAUAAAUGAUCUGAUCUGAUUCGACUCGAUUAUCUACUGACCGAUCACAUAUAACGACACAGAAAAAUAAAUCAUGAUAAUAUGAAAUUUACAAUUAAAAAAAUUGUCCCACUUAUCGAGUUUGUAGUAAGCUUUGUAUCACAACGUACGAUCUUUUAAUAUGGCGAAAGAAAGCUAUUAUUAGACUAUAAGGGUUAUCAUGUUAUCUGACAGGCACGUUAUCUAUUCAUUGACGCCUCUGAAUCGUGAAAAUCGUGUGCAUCUUCGUAGAACGAAAGAAUUGCAACAAAGAAUCUCACAGGCUUGAAAUGGGAGAGUAAGACUUGUAAUAAUCGAUG